AAGCUCUUCGAGAAAGAACGAACCUAUGUAGUAUAGAAAAUAGAAGCUGUUCAAUCGUCGUAUACAUUUGUCUUUUUCUAUUUCGAUUCGAGGCCUACAGUCAACAGUCAUCCUGACAUUCCUGACAUUGAUAUCUAGCCGAGUAUAUUCAAUCUGUAAAACUGAUAGCCUGACAGUUGACGAAAAAACAGUGCAACGAAGAGGCAUUUUUUAGCGUAUUCCUCUUUUUUUCCUCCAAUUUGAAUUACACGUAUCCCACGCACUAUCACGAAGCGUCAUAAAUUUCGUGGAAACUAUCAAAAUUGUCACGUACGAUAAAGGAGAGAGAUACGUGUACGUUCGUCGAAUAAAAAGGUCUACGCAGCGAUACCCCUUUCGUAAAAACAAUGUACUUUUAAAGAAUGAACUUCUGUCCAUCCUGACGUGGAAAUGAGGAGCCCGAUCCAGACAUCAGUUUCUCGCAAAGUACAGUCGAUUAUUGUCGCAUCCUCGUAACCGUUGCUCCAUGCAAAAUGCAAUGUAAAAUCAACGAUCUGCCCGACGAGCUGUUGGAGUACAUCCUGAGCUUGAUACCGCCUUACAGAGAUCUCCAGGAGUGCAGGCUCGUUUGCAAAAGAUGGUACCGCGCUACUAAAAACGUGAUAGAACACAAUGAAGCUCACUUUCAAAAGUCCGUCGCCUUUGGAUCUUUGCUGUGGAACUCGUUGCCGUCUAUGCACUGGAUAUCUACAAUUGGAAAGAGACACUCGCAUUCUGCCUGUAUAUACGAUAAUUCCAUGUACGUCUUUGGUGGCUGCACAGCUACAUGGACGACAUUCAACGAUUUAUGGCAGCUAGAUUUGGGCACGAGGACGUGGGUCAGGCCGAUCACCAUGGGAAACUAUCCGUCGCCUAAAGCUUGUGCUACUAUGCUUUAUUAUAAGAAAAGUUUGAUUUUGUUCGGAGGUUGGUCUCAUCCGUCACCAUAUCCGUUGCAUCAGCAAUGGAAAUUAUUUAAUGAAUUACAUGUAUACUCUAUAAAAUCGAAUAAGUGGACUGCUAUAAACACAUUAGAAACUCCACCGCCAACAUCCGCACAUUCUGCGACAAUACAUAGGAACUUAAUGGUCGUUUUUGGCGGAGUCUGCAAUGGAUAUAAUAGCUCCAAUGAUGUAUGGUGCUUAAAUUUGGACUCGUAUACCUGGCACAAGCAAAGUACAUCAAAUUUGAAGCCGCAGCCACGUUACGGCCAGUCGCAAAUUGAACUUGGGGAGAAGCAUCUACUUGUGCUUGGAGGUUGCACAGGACCAAAUGCUGCUAUGAAUGAUGCUUGGUUGUUAACGAUGGAAGGUGUGUCUUGGACGUGGAGGAAAAUUAAUAUGCACAAUACAGAGUGGGCGCCAACACAUAUUUGGUGUCAUCAAGCUUGUAAGGUGGGAAAUUAUAUUAUUGUACUUAGCAAAAAUAGACGUCAAACCAAGCCAAGUGAUAUGAGUAUCUCAUUGAAAAAGGUUGCCUGUCAAAGGAGUACUUCAUCACGUUUGUGCGAGUCAAAUCUUUUGCCUGAAAGGCAGGGAAGCGUAUCUACGGUGGACAAAGAUGAAAAUAUAAAUGGACGGCACGGAGCAUUCUCCAGGUCACAUUCGCAAAAUGCACACGCUUCAUCACAAGCGUCCAGUAUUCCAAAAACAAUACCAUUUUACAGUGAUAAUACUCUGAGCAUGGCCGCAUUUCGCGAUCAACCUCUGCGUGGUAAUUCGAACACGAACAGACAACGUCAGUUAGAAUCACUAAGGAGGAUGGAAGAGAAAAUUCGAAAUAAGAAGACACAGCUGACGAAAGUAUCCAAAAAAGCUGAGAACACAUUGUCGAUAUUUGUAUUGGAUAUUACCAAUGUUCUUUCGGAUGACUGCAACGCUUUGUGGAUUCCCUUAAAGCAAAACGAUCAUUCGGGGCCUGAUGAGAGAAUUCUGUAUUCUCUUGUAAUGGGAAGGGGAGAACUGAUAGUUUUUGGAGGUAUUCGUAAAGAACAUACAACAUUAGGCCACACCGAGGUAGACGAUUCUGUAGUGUAUAAUGAUCUCCAUUUUAUAAAUCCACCUCGAUAUGUUAUUUAAUAUUGAAAAGCAAUUAAAAAAAUAGUAUAUUAUUUUAUGUUAUUACUACGAUUUUGUUCAAA